UCUUUCCUGGCAAGGCUAAACUACUCAUUGCCUCUACCGUUCAAUUUUUAAUUCAUAAAACUUUUCUUUUCUUUCCCUACCAGGACAUGGUCAAAGAGGCUUCUACUUACUUGUUCAAUGCUACAAAACAGAGAUUUUUUUUCAAGGCUGUAAAAAUUAUAAUUCCUCUGCAUUGGCCGCCAAAACCUGAGUAUUUAAGUGUGAAAACAGAGUCAUAUGAUAAGGCAGAUGUUAUCGUGGCUAAUCCUUACUUGAAGCAUGGAGAUGAUCCCUACACCCUGCAAUAUGGAAGAUGUGAGGAAAAGGGACGAUACAUUCAUUUCACUCCCAACUUCCUGUUAAAUGACACUUUGCAUAACAUCUAUGGAUCACGAGGCAAAGUUUUUGUCCAUGAAUGGGCCCAUCUUCGUUGGGGAGUAUUUGAUGAAUAUAAUAAUGAUGCACGUUUCUAUGUGUCUGUAAACUCUGGAAAAGCAAAUGUUGAAGCAACUAGAUGUUCAGCUGAUAUCACUGGUAAAUAUAUAGUCCAAAGCUGCACAAAAAACAACUGCACGACAAGAGAAUGUGAAUAUGAUCAACAGACAAAGCUGUUUGAAGCUGGAUGUACAUUUGUACCAGACAAAAGACAAAAUGUCCGAGCAUCUAUAAUGAACAUGCAAAGCCUCUCUUCUGUGGUUGAGUUCUGUGAUCAAAGUACUCAUAAUGAAAAUGCUACAAAUAUGCAGAACAAAAUGUGCAACUACAAAAGCACCUGGGAAGUGAUUAUGAACUCUACGGACUUCAGUAACACCUCUCCAAUAAAUAGCUCAAGUCCUCCAUUUGAGACCUCCUUCUCAUUGCUGCAGACCAAAGACAGAGUAGUCUGUCUAGUACUUGAUGUUUCUGGGAGCAUGAUUGUGUAUAACCGCAUUAAUCGUCUGUAUCAAGCUGCGGAGAUAUUCCUGCUACAGAUUAUCGAAAUGGAUUCCUGGGUUGGAAUUGUCACAUUCCAUUCUACAGCACAAAUUACAUGUAAUCUAAAACAAAUAGUCACUGAGAAUGUACGCCAUGAUCUUACCAAAUGCCUGCCUACAUCAGCUGGUGGAGGAACUAACAUCUGCGCAGGAGUAUACAAAGGAUUUGAGGUGAUUAAACAAAAAUAUUCUAAUCUCGAUGGUUCUGAAAUUGUACUGCUGACGGAUGGAGAGGAUAAGAAUAUGAGCAAUUGCCUUACGGAGGUGAAAAACAGUGGAUCGAUCAUUCACACCAUUGCCUUGGGGUCAAAUGCUGUUCGAGAACUAGAAGAAUUUUCAGACAUGACAGGAGGCUUAAAGUUUUAUGCCACAGAUACAGUUGAUUCCAAUGGCCUAAUUGAUACAUUCAGUGGAAUUUCAUCAGGAAGUGGAAAUAUUUCUGAACGGUCUAUUCAGCUUGAAAGUACAGCUCAGAGUGUCGCAGUCAAGCAGUGGAUGAAUGGUACAGUGACAGUAGAUAGCACUGUGGGAAAGGACACCUUCUUUGUAGUUACAUGGGAUCGAAGCACAUCUCCACCAGACAUUUUACUGAGGGACCCCAAAGAAAAAGAAUAUAGAACGUCAAACUUCACAGUUAGUGAUCUAAACCUCCAAACAGCUCGACUGAAGAUAGCAGGCACUGCAGAGGUGGGGGAUUGGUUAUAUUGGAUUCAAAAUAACCACACAGAAUCUCAAGUCAUAUCAAUGAUAGUAACGUCUCGACCAGCAUCUUUGGCUGUGCCUCCAGUGACUGUGAAAGCCCACAUGAACAAGGAUACAAACAACUUCCCUAAUCCAAUGGUGAUUUAUGCAGAAGUUAGUCAAGGAUUUUUGCCUGUUCUUGGUGCAACUGUGAUGGCCACUGUUGAACAACAGAAUGGAUCUGCAGUGGAGCUCAGACUCCUUGAUGAUGGUUCCGGUAAUCUGAUUACUUCCCUUACAUUUUUGCCUACCCAUUUUGUGGUAUGUAUUUUAGAAUGUCUCUGCACGUUGCUUCCAAACUUAUCACUAAGGAUUCAGUCGUGCCUAUGCCAUGAGCACAGAUCAAGGGGCAGGAAGUGGAGGGAGAUGGUUACUCUGAUCUCCCCCACUGCUUCAGGAUGUGACAUCAAAAUGAAUGCACCGAGACCUGAAGUUAGUGAUGAUGAAAUUCAAGCAAAGCUAGGAAGUUUCAACAGAGUUGCAUCAGGAGGUUCUUUUGUAGUGAAGAAUGUGCCUUCAGGAGGAACUACUGAUGUGUUCCCACCCUGUAAAAUUGUUGAUCUUGAGGCUCAGUAUGAAGAAGAUAAAAUUCACUUGUCUUGGACAGCUCCCGGGAAUGACUUGGAUGAGGGACAAGCGGAAAGAUACAUAAUAAAAAUGAGUGAAAGUCUUCUGGACCUAAGAAACACCUUUGAGAAUGCUACUUCCGUGAAUACCUCGAGUCUGGUACCUAACCCUGCCGGCACCAAAGAAUCAUUUCAGUUUAGACCAGAAAAUUUCACCAUAGAAAAUGACACCAUAAUCUACUUUGCAAUACGUGCGGUUGAUAAUGCCUCCCUGACCUCAGAGGUGUCUAGUAUAGCACAAGUAGCUCUGUUUGUUACUUCAAAGGAAUGCUCGCCUGCUGGUGCAUCUAAUGAUGAUGCUAUCAAUGAAGAUAUUAAUGUUUUAACAAUAGUGUUAAUAGUAGCUGGGUGUGUAGCAGCUCUGUUAAUAGCUGUAAGUAUAACUGUUUGCAUUUUACACAAGAAAAAUAGAAGGGGAUUCGAUGAGAUCAGAAUGUAAUAGAACUAAUUUUAAGAUGAAAGCUCAGUAGGAAUCUAUCCUAAUUUGUUCUGUUUGUGAUUUUUAAAAUAUAUAAGUGAAGACUUAAUUUUGUAAUACAUUUGAAAAUUAAGUGAAUUGACUUUAAAAUAGAUGUGCAUUUAUGUGUAUUUCUGUUCUGCUUUCAAUGACUUUAUGCUAUGUUACAGUACAUGUACAUAGACAAAAUACUGAGUUUAAAAGCAUGUACUCAGUAGCGUAAGACACGAGUAUAAAUGACAAUCUAGAGUAUAAUUUAAUUCUAAUCUUGCAAGAUUUUUGCAACUUUAGGUAUUCUGUGCUUAUUAACAAAAAAUAGCAAAAACGAUGACUUUCUAUUUUUGUUUUCCAGUUGCUUAGCUAUCAGGAAUGAGAGAUUUUAUAAAAAAAAAUUGAUAGAUUUGUAAUCUGUCAUUUGUAUACAUCCCUUUCACAUCCUUUCAGUUACGUAAAGUGAGUAGGAAACAAAAAUAUAUAGCUCUGAGCCUGCAAAUGCUUACGUACUUGCACGACUCUACUCAUGGGAGGAGAGUUAUGCAGGUGUUUACCUGUUAUCAGGAUCAGGCCCAUACAGUAUCUACAAAUGAGCAUAUGGAAAACACUUUCUUCCUGAUAUAAUCACCAAUCACACGUGCAACCUUCCAAUUCUAAACUAUUAACAAAAGAACAAAAGCAAAAUAGUAGAAGAGAAGACAAUACAUGCCAAAUGAGCAGGAAUGCCACCUAUCACAGCAUACGAUAGAAGCAACUGCAUGUGGCACCAGGGAGGAAAAGCUAUUCAAAAAAUGGCUUUUCAUUCAUCUUUCCUAUUUCCUGCAAGCCCAACUUGCAACAUCAUGCUGUGUGAUGUGACACUGCAGAAAUGGUAAAGGAUCAUCCAUUCUAUGGGUAAUGAAAACAUCCAUAGUUACAUUAGAUGGGGUGAAAUUAUUUUAUAAGGGAGGGGCUGGAGAGGAACUUUUCCAUGGGUUAAUUAUUCCAUAACUGUCCAUGUGACACACUGUUUUCCUUUUUGUUCAUCACUUUUACAAAACUAUGAUAAAUCUUGUUCAAACUAUGCCUUGUGAGGUAUCAUCUGAAAACUCAUAAUUCGCUGAGCAUUAUUGUUCUGGUAAAAUAUAUAUGGCAACAUUGUAUGUAAAGUCAUAAGAUUCUAUGUAUGAUGUUAUUAAGGGAUAUUCCAAGUCUGGGAAAGCAGCCCAGACCAGUUCCUCGGAGACAAAAGGCAAACUGAAGCCUCAGCCAGGUGUCAACACAAUCAAAAGGACUAUCAACGGGGUAAGUGGCUGGCAUGAAGAAGGGCGGGAGUAAGAACUGUACAUCUUGGUAAUGGCACAGCUGGGGGUUCCCAUGUAAACAGACUGGCUUCACCUGAACCCCAGAUGAAGGUGAUUCUCAAAAAGGAGGAAAAGAUAUAAAAAUGAGGAACAGAGGCCCUAAAUCACCUCUUUCCCCUCACGGCAUCAACAACAGUUGAAAGACAAAAGAAGGAUCAUUGAAUUGGGGGAGUGGUCCUGGCUGAAGGAAUCCAGCCAGACUGCUGUAAACAUAUGGUGAGAGAAACCUUUUGCUUUAAAUUCAUUUAGUUUAAGUUAGGUAAUAGUUUGCCUUUUACCUUUUAUUUCUUUGUAACCAGCUCUGACUUUUCUGCCUCAUUAUUUGUAAUAACUUAAAAUCUAUCUUUCCAUAGUUAAUAAACUUCUUUUAUCUAAA